UUUACUUACCCACUUACGGGCGCGUGGAAAAUCGAAUUGAAUGCCAAUGAAAUUUUCUGUGUAAAUCACGGGCAUUUGUCAGAAUUUUAAAACGAAAGUAUUAAAAGAGAUUAAUUAGCUAAACAUUAUUUAAUCAAAUAAGAAAAAGGAAUAUUCAAGAUUUUAUUUUCAAUCAAAUUUGCUCAAAAUGAGAAGUAUUAACUUGGUGAAAACUUCAUUGCCUUUGGUGAUGCUAGUGGCCAUUGCUAGCGCCGUAAAUCUCCCCUUAAAACCAGGUUGUCCCGAGCCCAUUGACGUUCAGCCAUGCACGUGCGAGAGCAGCCAGUACACGGUUCUUGAAUGCAACCAAGUAGAUGACACGCAAAUAUUAAAGAAUGUUUUCCAAAAUUCGACGAAACAUGGAUUUCGAGAGGUUCAUAUUCAGUUUUCAGUUCUCCAGUAUUUGCCCUAUGAAAUAUUUGAAAAAGUGCCCAUCGAAUCCCUUUACUUGAAGAACACGACACUCAUUCAGCUGUUUGAUCGGCCUCCGCGUGCUCUCGAAGGUUUGGAUACUCUGCAUUUGGAAAGCGCAAAACUUAUGAGAGGCGUCGUUUGGAGAUUGCUGGAGCCCCUUACACAUCUGCGAAUUUUGAACGUUUACUAUAAUUCCAUUAAGACGCUGGGUCUCGAUUUCAGCAAAUAUGCCACGAAGGAAUUAGAGCAGAUCUCUUUUUAUGCAACUGAAACGAAAUCUAUAAAACCAGGCACAUUCGUUGACUUCGUAAAGCUAAAUAAAGUUGCUUUCGAUGAAUGCAAGCUGACAUCUCUGACCAGGGACAUAUUCCCCAAUCCUUUCAACGUCCAAGUUUUGCAUUUUAACCGAAACAAACUGACGACGAUUCCCGAUGAUUUAUUCAGCCACAUGCCCCGUCUGCAGACGGUCGGCUUGAGAUACAAUCAGAUUGCCGUCAUUCCAGCUACAGCAUUUUUAGACAGUUUUUCAAAAAUCGAAUGGCUCAUGUUAGAAGGCAAUCCUAUAAUUUGUGACUGCCGGCUGUGGUGGCUCAUAAAAAAUAAACCAUUGGCUCUUUCCGGAAAGUGUGAAUUGCCCACGAUGCUACAUGGAAAAGAAAUCAAGGAUGUUGAUGUUGAUUAUUUACAAUGUUAGAUCUGCUGCUUUGAUUUUUAGCAACAGAGCAAAUGAAAAAAAUGGAGAAUUUUAAAAAUAGUUAACUCGUA